ACACGCUAUACCGAAACACUAUUUUCGUCGUGUUUUCACAUUAAAAAUCACCAAAUUCUUGUAAAAAAACCUGUAUCGCGACUUACAGGGUGCGCUUCUCACGUAGAUUAAUAUGAAAAGUUCAUUCUAAGUGCAUUGUUUGAUGUUUAAAACUUGAAAAACCGGAGUGCAAAAAAUUUUCACAUACACACACGCUAUACACAUACGACGAUACUCAGCAGCGAAAAAGUUUUAGUCAAAAAUGGCAGAAAGCGGGGCUGGAGUUGAUGCUAUCGACAUUUAUGGGGACGAUUUGAACGAAGACUUCAAUCAGAAUGAUGAUUUUGGCGGUGACGGAGCAGAUUUGUACGAUGAUGUUCUCGCAGCUCCAACAAGCACGGGAAACGGGAAUGGGCCUGCUAUCUCGCAACAAGGCGAUAAUUCACAAGCAAGCGUUGCUCCCAUUGAUCGUCUCGAUGAAGUUGAAUCGAAUGGAAGCGGUUACAACAACAAUAUGAAUCAUUUGCAACGACGACAUCAAUUGUAUGUCGGAAACUUAACAUGGUGGACAACAGAUCAAGACAUUACAGAUGCUGUUGCUCAAAUUGGCGUUUCUGACUUUCAAGAAGUAAAAUUCUUUGAAAAUCGUGCAAACGGACAAAGUAAGGGAUUUUGCGUUAUUUCUCUCGGAUCUGAAGGCAGUAUGCGAAUGGUAAUGGAACGUUUAUGCAAAAAAGAUUUGCAUGGGCAAAAUCCUGUUGUUACCUUACCAACGAAGCAAGCGCUCAAUAACUUUGAGGCGCAACAAAAAACUCGCCCAACUCCUCCACAAGGUCCAUCAAAUGGACCUCAAGGAGGUAAUCAAGGAAUGCCUCCUCGUAUGCAAGGACCUCCAAUGCAAGGAGGCCCGCGCCCAAUGAUGAAUCCAAAUGGUCCUCCAGGUAACUUUAGACCAAUGCAUCCGGGAAUGCAAGGACCGCCGGGAGGAAAUAUGGGAGGAAUGCCUCCGAGAAUGCAGGGACCUCCAAUGGGGCAUCCUCAAAAUAUGGGCCCUAAUAUGGGUCCAAAUCAAGGAGGAAUGCCUCCAAGAUUCAAUAAUCAAGGAAAUUGGAAUGGGCCUCGCCCAAACGGGCCUAUGAGAGGACCAAUGGGACCAAAUGGACCUCAACAACGCCCUCCAAUGUUUCAAGGAGGCCCUCCUCGAGGUCCAUGGCCCAGAGGACCAAUGCAGGGACCUCCCGGGCCUUUUCAAGGCAAUAUGCAAGGCCCCCCGGGAAAUAUGGGAGGAAUGCCGCCAAGAAUGGGAGGUCCCGGAAAUCCAAUGGGAAAUCCCGGAGGCCCUGCUCCUCAUGUCAAUCCUGCAUUCUUUAAUCAAAAUCAAGGUCCUCAUCCUGUUCCGAAUCCUUCAGGAGGACAUCCAGGAGGCCCGCAACAACAAAACAUGCCUCCCCAAAAUCAUCCUUACAAUCAAGGACCAAAUCAUCGCGGAAAUUGGCCUCCUGUUAACAAUUCUGUCAACAAACCCGGAGGACCUAAUUCAGGAAGCUUUCCAGAGCAAGCUGCUGUUCCUCCUGCGCCGCAACUCAGCGAAGUUGAAUUCGAAGAAAUUAUGACGCGAAAUCGUACAGUCAGUAGUUCAGCAAUUGCACGAGCAAUUUCCGAUGCAAGUGCAGGAGAGUAUUCAAGUGCGAUAGAAACUCUCGUUACGGCAAUCUCACUCAUUAAACAGAGCAAAGUAGCACACGACGAAAGAUGUAAGAUACUUAUUAGCUCGUUGCAAGAUACGCUAAAUGGUAUUGAGACGAAGAGUUAUAGUAGAAGAGAACGUUCGAGAUCACGAGAAAGAUCACAUCGACAUCAAAGACGAGAACGAUCAAGAGAUCGUGGUUAUCGUGACAGAUCAAGAGAACGCCGAGAAAGAGGAUCGCGUGAACGAGACCGUUAUCGUGGCUCAAGCCGAGGAGAUCGAGAAGUUCGUGAAAAAACUCGCAGCAAAGAACGUGAACGUGGAAACACAGGAGAUUAUCGCGAAUCUGAUAGUCGUCAUUCAAGGUCCCGUAAUAAGUCACCCGAUGCAUCUGGCGAAAACAAUUACGAGUCGAGCAGAUAUCGUUCAUCGGAUCGAGAUCGCGAAAGACGAGACGAACGUGAAAGGGAACGUCGUCAUUAAAAGCAUUAAUAUAAAAACCUUCAGUAAUAAAGUGAUUGACUAAACGUACGUCGUCACAAAGGCGUAUAUGCAUCUUUAACAAAAAACAAAAAAUAAAAAUAAAAAAGUAGUGACAGUGACUGAAUAUUAGAAAACAAAAAAAAACUAAACAAACGAGUCUCCUAUCGUAAGAAUAAUACAAGAGGAGCUAAAAGUAUAAAUAAUCUUUAGAAAUAAGAAACAUUUCAAGCACUCAAAAUAAGUAAUGACUCCUUAAGUUACAUGAAAAAGUGAAAUUUCGUUCAAUUUUUGUUCCACAAAAAAUUCGUUUAAUUUUUUUCUCAUCAAAAAAUUUAUAAAAGUGUUGCACACAAACACACGAAUACACAUUUAUUUAACUUUAAAAAUAAAAACUGUAGAAAUAGUAUCUCAUUAUUAUAUUAUACAAAACGAAAAAUAUUAAACAAAUGUGACAUCAAUCGGAGAUGAAACUACCUCGAACUUCGUGAGCAUUAAAAAAGGCGAAUUCCGGGUAAAAUCCAUGGAAACCAACAAUCAACUGCUGAAAUAACAACAAGCUGUCCAACAAUCAAAUCAUCUCUAUUUCAUUCGAUUUUCAUCUCAAUUACAUCUAAACCAUUGGAAAUUCAACCGAUUUUGGGGCGCAAAAGAUGACAACGAUGUCGCAUGCAAGAACAAAGUAUGAUUUACUAAUAAAAAAAAAAAAAAAUAAAAAUUAAUUCAAUAUAAAAGUAAAAGAAAUUAGUUGUGACAAAAAAAAUAUUUCAAACUUUGUGUAUUUUAUUUAUUUUAGAAUUAAGGCCAAAAUUUUUUUUUUGUGUUUAAUUUUUUAUUAUAAUUUUUUUAAGUUCAUUUUUUAUUUAUUAUUAUUAUUGUAUGUUUGAUCGACAUCAAAUGUCACUGUUUUCAUUAUUUUAUUUUAAUUUUUUAUAACAUUUACAUUUUUUAUAAAAAAAAAUAUUUCCUAACUAAGAGACUGCUAACUAACUUUUUAACAGUAUUCAUUAAAAAAAUUCCAGAAACAAAACAAAAACAAUUAUAAUCAGAAAUUUAUAACAAAACUUGUAUAUGUACAGAAAAUACUCGCUAUAUAUAUUUACU